UAGGGAAGAUUGUGGUUGAUAAGGGAGGGAAAAUGGCGGCUUUCUAUAAUAGAAGUUUAUUAAGGAGGAGGAGAAUAGAUUCCCGGGCUGGUAACCCGCGGAUUUUGUAAUCAGAGAGUAAGAGAAAAAGGAAGAGAGCAGAGUUGUAUACAAUGGACAAGAAGCAACUGAAUCCACCAUCUUUAUUUUUGUCUUCAAAACCCACAGGUCACACUGGGCUUAUACCGCCUUCUCAUUUCGAGACUAGACGUCGCAUGCCUUUGCCUCCCUCGCCUGUACCUGUUCCACCCACUCCUCCAUUUACUGAGCCUUGGGCAGACCUAGCGAGGGAGCUGGAUCAACUGAGAAAGGAAAAUGAAGAACUAAAGAAGAAACAGACUAGAGGCGAAGGUAUCAGAGCCAGGUCUCUGGAGCGACAGCCCUCAGCGGUUCCGCACUCUGAAUCUCAGGCGCUAGAAAUCAUUGCUCACCAGAUGCGGGAAAUCCGAAGUUUGGAGUUAGCAGUGGCCGAUGUACAGGAAAAGGAGGAGGUGGUACAGAGGCUGACAGGGGAACUCCAAGAGCUGAGACGCACACAGAGAGAAUGUCAGUUAACAGAAGAGAAGAAGAGACGGGCAGAGGAAUCUGCUGUUAGACAGCAACAAGAGGAGCUGAUGAUGAGGUCAGAAAGCUACAAAAUGGAGUCAGAGACGCUAAGGAAAAGAGCGCAGUUACUGGAAGUUGAGCUAAGGGAGGAGAGAGAGCAACGCACACAGGAAGUGGCUCGUCUGAGGGAGGAUCUUCAGGCAGCCAAUCAAGAGGGAGAAACCCUAAAGGAGCAGCUAAGUAAAUCUCUUCUAGAGCUCGACUCCCAGCAUUCCCUUGUGCAGCAACUAAGGACGUACAUUGGCGAGUUGGUCCCAGAUAAUCGGCGACUGGAGGAACAAAAAAAGGAAAAACUGGAGCUUCAGAAUACGAUACAGGCACUAGAGAGGGAGCGUGAAACUCUUCAGACGUCCAUCUCUCUCCUCAACACCCGCCUGUCCUCCCUCACAAAUAUCCUGUCCUUACAGGAGGGAGAGCUGUGUAAAAAGGUUGCCCAGGGCGAUGGAGAGAAGUCGCGUCUUCUGCUGUCUCGGUGGAGGGAGAAGGUUUUCUGUCUGAUGGUGCAGAUGAAAUCCGAAGAAAUAAACAGAGAAAACGACAGCAGAAAAAUCAAAGAAAAGAUCUCUUCUCUGGACAGUUCCCUGGAGGCGAGUGUUCAGCAGCAAGUCCUGUUAUCACACAACCUACAAGACCGCACGGCAGAGCUAGACAUGGAGAAAGUAAAGAACAAGUCUCUGCAGGAUGAGCUGUUAGCUGAACGAUCUGCCUCUGCUCAUCUGUGCAGCAGAGCCGAGAGAGCGGAGCAGGCUGUGAGAAACCUAAAACACCUUGUUGAGAACUUUGUGCACACAAUAUCCGCACAAGAAGCGUCACAGAUAGGAGCGCUGUCACGUCUGGUCACACUGGGUCAGAGGGUCUCGUUUGCAUCCAAGAGAGUGGACACUAUCCAGGGUUUGGUAGCUCAGAAAUUUGCUCUGAUGCGUCUGUCCCAGGAGGAGAAACCACAAGGCAAAGUUACAGACAUUUUUCUUCCCUCCUACGAAGAUCUGCAGGCAGAAUUGGCGCUUUUACAUGAGGAGAGAGACCGUCUGAGUGCAGAGCUGAAGCGUAGUGCUCUUAUGGUGGAGAGCAAAGUGGCAGAGACAAGAGAGAAAUUGGAAGCAGAGAUAGCAGACUGUCACAAAACAACAUCAGUUCUGCGGCAGUCACUCUAUGAGACUCAGGAGAGUGAGAGACACCUAAAAUCACAACUGCAAGAGAUGGAAACGAGACUGCGGGGGGCUGAGGAGAACAUGUCACAACUAAGUGGGCAGUUACAGACACAACAGGAGGAGUAUGAAAAAGCACUACAAAGCCGAGUAAGUGAGGUGGAGACAAAACUGUCUGAACAGCUGGCACAGAUGGAGAAGCAUCUACAUGAAGCAAGAAGAGAACAUACAAAAGCCGUUGUUGCCCUCCGACAAACGGAGCGUCAAGCGCAGAGGGAGAAGGCGCGGAACCAGGAGACCAUGUGCACACUAGAGGGCGCUGCAAAGUUGCGGGAGGAUCAGUUGAGCCAGCAACUAAGGGAAGCUGAGAGGGCCAAGAACCUAAUGAUGGCUACACUUAGGCAAGAAGGUUUAUUAUCAGCAUAUCAGAGGAACAGACUGACUAUUACACAGGACACAAAGAGCGAGAGUGAGCAGGAACACAGCAAAGCCGAGGCUCGGGCCUCAGAACCAAGCUCCGCAUUGUCUGCUAAAGAAUCCAUUUCAUCAAUGUUGGCCAAUCUUCAGAGCCUUGGAGACAUUCUCCUUAAAGAUGAUGAAGAGGAAGAACAACUCAUUGGGACGUAGAAAAUAAUAAAGCGUGGCUAGUAGGAAGGUCAUUACAGAGCCACACUGGGAAUUGUUAAAGGAACAGCAGAACUAAACUUUCGUGUUUCAGACAGAGCAUGAAAUUGUGGACAACUUUUCAAUUUGCUUUUAUUUGCUAAUUUGCUUUGUUCUCUUGGUAACAUUUGUUGAAGAGCAUAGCUUACCUAGGUAAGCUCAGUUGCAGCAAUGUACUUCUGGGUACUAGCUGCUGAUUGGUGGCUGCACAUACAUGCCUUUUUAUCUUUGGCUCAGCCCAUGUGUUAAGCUAGCUCCCAGUAGGGAUUGCUGCUCCUCCAACAAAGGAUUCCAAGAUAAUUAAGCAAAUUUGAUAACCGGAGUAAAUAGGAAAUUUGUGUAAAGUUGUAUGCUCUAUCUGAAUCAUGAAAGAAAAUGUUUGGGUUUCAUGUCCCUUUAAGUUGGCAGCAAGGCUGUUGCAUUACUGUAUAUAAAGCCUAAAGCUGAAAGAACAAUGGCAAUAGAUCUGGCCCUAAGAGACCCCUGUGCCACCUAACUUCACAAAUACUGUUAAACUUUGUUAGUUUGUAGAUAUCGGUUAUAUGUGGGAAUUUGUAUGCAGAUUAUAUUUAAUAUAACAACAAAAUAAAUUAUUUUUACAGAUGA